AUGUCACUUCUGCCUUACCUCCUGGAACGCCAGAGGGCUUUGCAACAAUAUCUUAAGGAUGACGACAUUCUGAAUGCCAUAGCACCUUUAACUCGGAUGUCUGGUGAUUAUUCCCUCUGGCGAGUCAACAGUGAUGGCUCUAUCAAGCCUGAUAACGGCAAGUUCCAAGUAAACCUGGAUGUCCAUCACUUUGCCCCGGAUGAAGUGUCAGUGAAAACAGCUGAUGGAUUCGUAGUCAUUGAAGGCAAACAUGAGGAGAAACGAGAUGAGCAUGGAUGGGUUUCUCGUCAAUUUACUAGGAGGUACGCACUACCAGAAGGCUGUAACGUAGAAGGGGUGCAGUCGCGGCUGUCUUCAGAUGGCGUUCUCACGGUGAUAGCGCCCUUGGACACGCCGGCUAAUGAGCGCAUCGUGCCAAUCUUCCAGACCGGGCCCGUCAGGAAGGAGGCCCAGGGUGACAAGAUGCACUAA